CCCACGUGGAGGCGGUUGGCGUGCCUUUUGACUCGAGCAAUGGCGUCCGUCACCAAAGAAACGUUGACGGCUUCGCUUGUUUUUCAAUAUUUAAAUGGCUUCAACAAGCCGCUCGCUGCCCAGUUUCGCACCAAAGUUGACGUGCAGCCCACGCCGACCGGAUUACCAGACCUUGUCCGGGUUGUAGGCGGCUACCUGGACGCCUCACCGCAGCACCGCAAGCUACUCCAGUCGCCAUGUGCGCCAAAAGGCGCGUCAAAGAACCACGACGUGUCUUCGUCCGACGACUCGUCGAGUGACGAAGAAAGCAACGAGGCCGCGAAACCGGCGACCUCCACUCCCACGGCCAAGAUGAACGCCAAGCCGGGUAAGCAGGCACCCGCGAAGCUGGUGGCAGCGGCGGCGAAGAAAGCGGCGAGCGAGGACUCCGAAUCCGACUCCGAUUCUUCUGACGCGAAGACCAAAAAAACGCCCGCACCGGCAGUUCACGCAAAGGCUACCAAACGCCCGAAGCCGGAUACGGAUUCAUCGGACAGUUCGGAAUCGGACGCGCCGCCUGCAAGUAAAAAGGCAGCAGUACCGCUGCCCGUCUCCAAGAAGGCGGCUCCGAAAAAGCCCACCGGCGGCGCGCCAGCGAAAAAGGCGAAAAGUUCGAGCAGUUCCGACGACUCUUCCGAUGAAGACGACCCCAAGAACAAGGCAGUGCUGACCAGGCCAGCACCGCCGAAGACUGCCAAGCCGCCGACGGGACUCAAAGUUGCCAUUUCUGGCAAGGCUGUGCUGGCAGGCAAAAAGCAAAAGGAGAGCUCGAGCUCAUCAGACAGUGACGACGAGCCACCCAAGGCAACACCUGCCAAGAAGCCGGCCGCUAAGCCUGCUGCAAAGCCGGCUCCCAAGCCGGCGGCUAAGAAGGACGACAGUUCCAGCGAUGACGACUCCGAGGACGAAGCGCCGACUGCUAAGAAGCCAGCUCCUGCCGCAAAGCUGGCCUCUGUCCAGAAGAAUGCUAAAGCAGACGAAUCCAGUGACGACUCAUCCUCUGACGACGACGAACCUCCUGCCAAGGGGAAGCAGACGCCGGCUAAAGCAGGAGCAGCCAAGUUGACUCCGGCCAAGACUCCAGCCAAGCCCACACCAGCCAAGAAAAAGGAGAGCUCCAGUUCAGAUAGCGAUUCUGACGAGCCAGCCAAGCCUCCAGCUAAAGGAAAGCAAGCGCCUGCUAAGCCAACACCAGCAAAGCCACUAGCCAAGAAGCCAGCAGCUGCGAAAAAAGAUAGCUCCAGUUCGGAUGAUAGCGAUUCGGACGAAAAGGAGAAGCCAGCAGCUAAGCCAGCACCAGCCAAGAAGCCAGUGGCUGCAAAGGAGAGCUCUAGUUCUAGUUCGGACAGUGAGUCGGAUCAGAAGACCAAGCCUGCAGCCAAGCCAACCGCUAAACCAGCGGUCAAGCCUGGGCCAAAACCAAAUGCCGCAAAAGCAAAGGAAUCCUCUUCCUCUGAUAGCGACGACGAAGAUGACGAGCCGGCACCUCCAAAAGUGGCACCGCCAAAGCCGGGUGCAGCGAAGCUGCAAACCACAGCGAAGAAGCAGUCGUCGUCUUCAGACAGCAGUAGUAGCGAAGACGAGCCUCCCAAGAAAACGCCCGUUGCAACUCCGAAACAGCCUGCUAAGCCUGCGGCAAAGAAGCAGGCUUCUUCGUCCAGCGAUGACAGUGAUUCCGAAGACGAAAAGAAAACACCCGCAAAAACACCCGCCAAACAACCCCCUAAAAAGGCAAAGGAGUCUUCAUCUUCCGACAGCGAAGACGACGACGACGAACCGGCACCCAAGAAACCAGCAGUUGCUGUGAAGGUCACCCCCAAAGCCCAGGUGAACCAAAAGGCACCGCAGAAGAAAGCGGAGUCGUCGGAUGAAGACAGCAGUGACGACGAGGAUGAGAGUCCAGCUGCCAAGACUGCUCCUGCCACAAAGAAGCCGGUUGGAAAGCCGGCAGCAGCUGCGAAGAAGGCGGCAGACGAGUCUUCGAGCGAUGAAGACGACGAGGACAAAGCGCCACCGAAGAAGAAGGGCAAGAAAAAAGGAGACGCGGCGGCAGACUUCACGGGGAUGAACGGUGAUGGCGACGCCGACACUUCCGGAAAGGGUAAACGGAGUUCACCGUUCCGGAGGGUCAAGCCGGAGGCAGUCAACAUCGACCCCAAGUUGAGAGACAACUCAUUCGAGGCAAAGCCGGGAGCGCGGGGUUCGUGGGGCGAGAAGGCCAAUCAGGUCCUUCGCACCGUGAAGGGGAAGGACUUCAGGCAUGAGAAGACGAAGAAGAAGAGGGGCACGUACUCGGGAGGCGCCAUCGACAUGUCUGUCAACUCGAUACGGUUCGACGAAUGAAGGCAUCGCAACAAGGGGGGGGGGGUGGGGGGGAGCUGACACAACUCGUUGUAUAAAGGCAGACUUGAGUCAUCGUUGCACUUUUUAAUUAGCCUCACUGGGAGUUCUCAUUUUCCUUGUCCACACAUUAGGCUUGUGGGAGGAAGUCUUUGCAAGUGCUGUGCCUGUGGUUUGUUUUGGUGUAACCUGGCAGACGGUGAAAGCUACGGUCCCGACGAGCCAAUUGGAGCAAGGCAUGUGCCACAGGGGAGCACUCCUCUCGUGACGAGCUGUCACAUGCUUUGCUUCGUUGCUCCGAUUGGCUCGUGGGGGCCGUAGCUUUUUACCUUUCUUGAAUUAUGCUGAGACAAAGCGUAUGGCGCGCACAGAGUCCGGUCUUUCUCUGGGACUGCAGGGAGUGGCAUUGGUUGGGUCAGCACUAGUUGCUUCUGCGUCCAUUGUCGAAGGUCAAUAAACACCUGAAACCUC